AGGAGGAGGAGGAGGAGGAGGAGAAGGAGAUACCCUUUGGUUUUCCUUUUGCGGGAUUUAUUUUGCCAGCUCCAAACCUUCUUGUGCAUUAUCUGUUGAAUAGUGACCGAGGGCCAGCAACUUCUCCGGACGGUCCCUCCCAACUCGCAAGGGAGGGGGAGUUAGCUGACCUUGGGUGAGACAAGUAGGUUCCUGGAGAAGAAAGAUGUGGCGUCACCUGCUCGACUCACCAUGGCGGGACAUGUUCACUGAGCAGAUAUUUGCCUUCACUUGAAAAGCUCUUCCUCUGGCGGAGUGGACAGCUUGGUGAUAACGUGUUUUAAUAGAUCGCUUUACACCUCUUUCGUAGGAUUGGAUGGAACAGCCUUUGGGGAUCUUUGCUUUGGACCGAGCUUGAUUCAGUGACUUGAUGCCGUUUUUUGAGUUUCCUGUAAAAGGUGUCAUCUGUGGGAUAUUACAUGAUUACCUUGGAUCUGGUACAUCAAUAACAUUGGCUCGGAUAUUUCUCGGAGUUGAGCUCAAGCGGUUCCAGUUUCGGCUCUUAAGAGUUUAGAUUCUCUCCAAGAGGUGUGUUUAUCUGGAUAUUCGCCAUGAAGAGCAUUAAUGGCCCUCGAUUUAGUGGCCUCCGCAAGAAGAGGAAGUCCAGGUCAGUGAGGGACCGGGACAGGAGAUCUAAUGGGAUAAGGAGCAACCAUGUCAAGGGCUCCGUCUUUCGCUUCUCCUCUGACUCAGAGCGGGAGGGCGACAGGGAGCCCCCCUCUUCCCGCCAUCGCCCCCCGCGAAGAAAGCGAAAGGAGUCGUCUUCCGCCGAAGAGGACAUCAUCGACGGCUUCUCCAUCACAGGUUUCGUGACCCUGGAGGCUCUUGAGAACCUCACACUGACGCCCCAAGAGUGCAGGGACAACCAGGCGGGGCCCCCACAGAAGAAAAGUGGCCAGGUUCCCAGCGGCUUGAGCCUGGAUUCCUGCAAGAACACUCACCACCCGCAACAGCCUUCAGACCAGGAGAUUAACCCCCGCCUGGCACACACACGGGGCAAGAGGAAGAAGAAACAUCUGAACAAGAAACACACAAUGCUGAAGCCGGGGAAGAACAACUGUAAAGGCAGCGACAGCGAGAGUGUGAGCGGAGAGUCCAAGCCUUCCGUCAGGAGCAGCUCCAGAGACAGACUGACAGAUUGUGACACUGAGAGCGACCAAGACGACAAGAUCUCCGAUGCCAGUUCCGAGAAAUUUUUCAACACAGCUGCAGUUAAAGUUCCAGAUUUUGGCAUCCAUGUGCUCUCCACCAAUGGCAGCCAGGAGCCUCACGGGCCAGGCCUCCUCCAGGUGUCGGGCCUAGAGCGCAGUCAGGAGAGGAGCCAGGAGACCUGCAGGGACCCCCAAUCCCCCGCAUCCAGCCCCCACAGGCCGCCUCUGCCCCCCCAAGCUCACCACCAUCCGUCCGUCCCCCGGCCCCCGUUGCCAAAACGGACCCAGAGAAACGGUCCUACCCAGGUUCUGGCCUCCGCAAACCUGCCCCCCCGCUCAGAGGCUCUCCCUAGGCCUCGGACGCCCGCAGCCCUGCCGCUCGCCCAGGGCCAAGAGCCCUCCGCCCCCCCUCCCCGGCCACAGCACCAGCCCGAACCGCAGUCGCACCUCAGGCCUCCGCCGACGCCCAGCCUCCACCCAAACCCGCCGUCGCCUGCCCCCCCCACACAUCACCCUCACCAGCAGCACCCCAGCCAGGCCGGGCCCCACGGGCCCCCAUCACGCUGCCACCCCCGGCCCCUUUCCGCCUACAACGGCCUCAGUCUCAACGGUCACAGCAGCAGGAGCAGCACCCCGGGCUCGAAGCCCCACGGGCCCCCUGCUCCCUCUUUGCACCCUCCCCACCACCCACCUCCUCCAGCGGCAGCAGCCCCCGCCUUCCCGCUGCCCUUGGCGGCUAACCAGAGCACCCCCCACAGCUUCCCCCCUGCCUUGCAGUCCUCGCCGCACCCACAUCACCCCAAUAUGUUCGCUCCUCCAGCGGCCUUGCCUCCACCACCACCACUUACGUCUAACGCCCUGCCAGUACCCGGACAUCCUGCUGCUGGGAGCGCCUACUCAGAGCAAGACCUUUUGCGCCAGGAGCUCAACACUCGUUUCCUGGCCUCCCAAAACGCCGACCGUGGCGCCUCGCUGGGCCCCCCGCCCUACCUGCGCACAGAGUUCCACCAGCACCAGCAUCAGCAUCAGCACCAGCACCAGCAUCAGCACCAACACACCCACCAGCACACCCAUCAGCACACCUUUACGCCCUUCCCCCACGCCAUCAUGCCCACCCCGGCACCGCCCAUGGUGCGUACCCCUGCCAGAAAUUUUGAAAAAUACCCAACUAAAGUGGACCCCUUCUACAGACACAGCCUGUUUCACUCCUACCCACCGGCCAUGUCUGGCCUCCCGCCCGUCAUCCCCCCGACCGGGCCCUUCGGCUCGCUGCAGGGCGCCUUCCAGCCCAAGACCUCUAACCCACUUGAUGGAACAACAAGGCAAGGAGGCAUCCCACACACAUUCUUACAGAAGGACCCCAGGCUAACGGAUCCAUUUCGGCCCGUUCUCAGGAAACCAGGGAAGUGGUGCGCCAUGCACGUCCACAUCGCCUGGCAGAUUUACCACCACCAACAGAAAGUGAAGCAGCAGAUGCAGGUCGACCCUCACAAGUUAGACUUUGGCCUGAAGCCGGACUUUCUGAGUCGACCUCCGGGCCCGAGCCUCUUCGGUGCGAUCCAUCACCCCAACGACUUGGCGCGGCCCGCCACGCUCUUCUCCGCCGCAGGUCCCACACACCCAUCAGCAGGUCCUUUCGGUCAUCCACCCCACCAUCCCGGAAACUUCCUCGCCCAAGCAUCUCACUUAGAACCUUUUGGUAGACCUGCAUCGUUUGGCGGACUGGGAACCCUCAGUUCAUCGGCCUUCGGGGGCCUGGGCAAUCCAGCACUAACGGCCAACGCAAUGUUCGGCCACAAAGACGGCCCCAACGCACAGCAGCACUUCGGCAGCAACAGCGGCCACCAGGAGCCGUGGAACCGCCUGCACCGCACGCCGCCCUCCUUCCCCACACCGCCACCCUGGCUGAAGCCCGGAGACUCUGAGCGGAGCGCCUCCGCCAGCUCGCACGAGCGGGACCGAGACUCCGACAAACGGGACUCGUUGGUCAGUAAAGACGACAAAGACAGGGACUCUGUAGAAAAGCGCCAUUCGAGCCAUCCGUCCCCAGUCCCUGUCAACCCCAUCAGCCUCCUGGGACACACCCGGCCUCCUGAGCACCACAGGAACCACCUGCUCCCGGCUUCUGGAGAGCCUCAGAGGGACAAGGAGAAGGCCAAAGACAGGGAGAGGGAGCACUCAGACUCCUGGAAAGACAACGGCACGGAUGACCACAAGCUCAAAGACAACCAGCACAGCGAUAAGGACGCACCCGUCAUCCACGACGGCCGAGUGUCAGAGGACAAAUUGUCCAACAGGGGGACGCCCUCGCCCUACAUCCGUCAGACCAGCCUCGAACGUCCCAACGGCGGGCUGAGCAGGGACAUCCCGGAGAAAAAGGGAGAGCUUCAAUACGAGCACCAGAAGAAGAACAGCGAGGUGAAGGUGAAGGAAGAGCGGAAGGAGGAGCAGGAAGGAGCCACAGAGAGGGCUAGUGAGCACCCCACACAGGCACCCUCCACGCCGAACCUCCACCCCCCCUCCUCCAUGCCUAUGCCUAUGAGCAUGGCUGGCGUUCACCCCAUGAACAGCAUCAGCGGUCUGGAGAGAACUCGAAUGGUGGCGCCCUUCAUGGGCAUCAGCCCCAUCCCCGGGGCUGACCGGUUCCCUUACCCCGCCUUCCACUGGGACCCAAUGAGGGACCCCUACAGGGGCCUGGACAUUCACAGACGGGACCCUUUGGCCAGGGACCUGUUGCUGAGGAAUGACCCUCUGCACCGGCUGACGGCGCCGCGCCUGUACGAGGCAGAGCGCUCCUACAGGGACCGCGAGCCCCACGACUUCAAUCGCGACCACAUCCACCCUCUGGCCCUGGAGCAGAGGAGGGAGCAGGAGCGCGCCCAUAUGGAGGAGCGCGAGCGACUCAACAUGCUCAGAGAGGACUACGAGCACGGGCGCCUCCACCCGGCAAUGCACCACCCUGCCCUUGACGGACACCUGCCACACCCGCCCCCGGGCCUCAUGGCCCCUGGACUCCCAGGCAUGCACUACUCCAGGGUGAGCCCCUCGGCGGCGGCCGCCGCCGCCGCAGCCGCCGCAGCCGCUCACCAGAAUGGUAUGCUGAACAAAACACCACCCACCGCAUCCCUGAGUGCCCCGCCCCCUCUCAUCCCCACGCUGGGUGCCCGGCCGGGCUCCCCCAGACGGACUACUCCCCUGGCCACAGAUAUCAGAGACAGACCGGCUCACAAAGACAUCGAGGCGCGGUGAGCCUCACCAACACUGAACUCACACCGAGCACUUAGCUUUGGGCAAAGCAAGACUGUAACAUAGCUGUGAAUAACUUAUGUGGGCAGAGAAAUACCCUGAAUUGUUUUUGUAAAAAACUACAAAGAGACAAUAACCGUGGAACAAAAAAACAAAAAAAAGAUUUUAAAGGAUUUUCCUUCCGGUUUGCUGCAGCUUUUUGUGUGCAUUCUUUCUCCUGUUUGGCAAAGUGACAAAAGUGAGAAUGAGCAGUUUUGGAAUGUACAGGUACUUUAUCACUGACAGACAGCAGAGUGUGUAGAUAAUGUGUACAGCCGCUGUGCUAACUCUGUGUGGACUAAAAAUCAUGGUACAAAUAUGCAAACGGAUGUUUUGAAAGCUUUACUUUGAACACAUGUAAAUAGAGGAGUAUUACAGCAGUGAUUCAGAAUGUGCUUUUUGCUAUUUCCUUUCUGUUUCUUCAGUUGACGCAGCUGAUUAGCAUUGUACCAGAGGACCCCAUGUUCAACUAUGCAACAAAUGUCUCGGCUCCCUUUCUGAAAGCUGUAUUCUCUCCACAACUCAGAUACAAGCUUCAACCGAUCCAUGCAGAUGUUGUAGGUCGAAAUUUGGAUUAAAUAAAGAGAUGUAAUGUCUUGAGGUAUUCUCUCUCAAAUAUGAUUAAUUGUACUGACAAUCCAAAAAACACACUUGAAGGAGGUAUUGUAUAUGAAAGAUUUUCAAUGCCCAAGACAGCAGCACAAUGUCAACUAUUCUUUUCUCCACUCUUCCUUCCCUCAGUUACGACCCGCCUUGUUCUGGGGAGAAUGCAGCACAUUUAACACCCUGACAGCACAUUUGCCCCACUGAAGGAGUGUAAAGUACAUGUUUUGGAAAUAUGUUCCGUUGGUCAACUAGUGUAUUAAAGUGCUUUCCUGAGUUGUUGUCCCUACAAAAUCAAAAGACAAAAAAGCAAGUUUAAACUAUGGACAGUUUGUUUCUUAUGAGCAGAGAUCUAUUUUAGUAGUUCACUGACGGUUUAGUUGUGCGCUUCAAACUCAGUGAUAUGUUGUGCAGUGUUUUUUAAUCCCACAUUAAAAUGUCCACCGGAGCCAUAGUGGUUAGUCGAUGCGUACUGCAAAAAGAUUGUUAAAUGAGAUUCUUUUUUUUCGUUUUGCUGUUAACCAUGUACAGGGAAAAAAGGUGAAGUCUUUCUAGAUCAUGUACAAAAAUGGGAAAAAAUGAAGCGACUGAAUCUUCAGCAUGCUCCUCAUUUAAACUUGUGUUAUGUAAAUUGUGCCAUGUUAUUAAAAAAUGUGUACUAAUCCUGUC